AUGUCAGGCCGUUUCGUGCGCUCGUCCAAGUACCGGCAUGUCUUCGGCCGGCCGACGAGGAAGGAACAAUGCUACGAUAACAUACGGAUCUCGAGAAAUGCUUGGGAUACGAACCUUGUAAAGGCCAACCCGCAGUACAUUUCAGUCAACUGGGAAGCCAGUGGAGGAGGCGCGUUCGCGGUCAUACCAAUUAAUGAGAAGGGGCGAUUGCCUGAGCAAUUACCUCUUUUCAGGGGACACACUGCUGUGGUUCUGGACACGGACUGGUCUCCAUUCAACGAUUCUCUGAUAGCAUCAGGAUCCGACGAUGGCAAGGCAUUCAUAUACAAAGUUCCUGAAGGUUUCACACUACGGACAGAAGAAGGCGAAACGGUCAAGGAUGUUGCGCCAGUCCAGAAGCUCUCCGGGCAUUCAAGAAAGGUAGGCCACGUCCUCUUCAACCCAGCUGCCGAAAAUGUCCUCGCAACUUCAUCAGGCGACUAUACCAUCAAGAUUUGGGAUAUCGAGGCCGGCACUCCCCGCCUGACACUCAAGCACACAGAUAUCGUACAAUCCCUGUCAUGGAGCGCGAACGGCUCUCUAAUGGUUACAACGUCUCGGGACAAGAAGCUGCGAAUAUGGGAUGUACGGCAAGAGAAGCCAGCACACGUUGUGCCCGGUCACCAAGGAGCAAAGAACAGUCGCGUGACCUGGAUGGGCGAACAUGACAGGGUAGCUACAACGGGUUUCUCAAAGAUGAGUGACAGGCAAUUAGGUCUGUGGGAUAUCAGAGACCCUAAAGAACCUGUGGGAGGCUUUCAGAUGCUGGAUGCGAUAUCUGGGGUCUGCAUGCCUUUCUGGGAUGAUGGAACACAGUGUCUCUACCUUGCAGGAAAAGGUGAUGGCAACAUCCGCUACUUCGAAUACGAGAACGGCAAAUUCGAGUUCUUGUCUGAAUACAAAUCCGCCGACCCGCAACGAGGCAUGGCCUUCCUUCCGAAGCGCGGCGUCAAUACUCACGAGAACGAGGUUAUGUGUGCCUUCAAGACCGUCAACGACUCAUACAUUGAACCAAUAUCAUUCAUCGUGCCGCGACGAGCCGAGGUCUUCCAGGAUGAUAUCUUCCCCCCCGUGGUUGGCUCGAAACCUGCCAUGUCAGCUGGUCAGUGGUUCGACGGCAAAGAGGGUCUGCCGCCUAAGAUCGAUUUGGCCAGUGUAUAUGCAGGCGAAGAGCCAGCGGAGGUAGCAGCGGACUACAAGCCCGCUGUCCAUGCAAAUUCGCCUCCAGCGCCCUCCCCAACAAAGAAAGCACCUGAACCAGUAUCGGAGCCAGCAGCUCCCGCAUCCGCUCUCCGCGGCCCACCGCCAUCAAUAAAAGAACAGACUUCUGCCAUCAAAGACUUGGCCUCCAAAUUCACCGAUGACAAAGAAGAGGAUGAGUCUGAGGAAGACAGCUCUUCGUUCGAAGAGAUCGCCAAACCCAUCGAUCGCUCUGAGAGGCAUGUACCCGCUACAGCCCCAACUGAAAGGUCGGAGCCGGCGGCUAUCUCAAGAGGUUUAGGAGACCCUCUCUCGCCAGUCGACAAACCAGACGAUUUUGAGCAAGCAAGUCAGGUAGCAGCCAGUCAAGAUACUCCGACAUUGAUCAAGAAAGAGCGAGCGCCACCAUCGAAAUCUACAGAGAAGCCACUAACAAGCAAUUCUACUCAAGAGCCGCUCUCCAGCAAAUCUACUCAAGAGCCACUCUCCAGCAAAUCUACACAGGAACCUCUUGCGAAUGCUAACUCACGACCGCACGCUGGAAGCGUUUCGGAUCAACCUAUUCAAAGAUCGUUGGCAGAGAUCAAGAGCUUGUUGGAGCAGCAGACUAUGACUAUGAGUGCGCACUGUCAGGAGAUUAGUAAGUUGACAGCUGAAGUGGAUCGGUUAAGGACGAAGUUGGGGGAGUAG